UUUAAUAAUUAGUAGAAUUGCUAUAGCGACAUUAUAAAUCUCAAAGUCUUCUAGAAAUAAAGUGAUCUCAAUUUAUUAUUAUUUCUUAUACCAAUAAUGUCAGAAAAUGAGGAGCAGCAGGCAGAAGAAAUAGAGGUUUUGAAGUCUAUUUAUGAGGGUGAUGAAAAUUUCAAACAACUAGAUCCAAAAACUUAUCAAUACAAAUAUGUUGAUGGAGAAAAAUCCUUCAUUCUGGAAAUAUCAUGGGGCCCCACAUAUCCUGAAGAGAAGCCCAAGUUAAAUUUAGAAAUAUUUUAUAAUCAAUCUUUACUGCCACCAGUAAAGGAGAAAAUAUUAUCAAUAGUGAAUACAGAGGCGGAUCAAUGGGUGGGCUGCGCUAUGACAUACACACUGUUUGAAUGUCUCAAGGAGAAGGUCACGGAGAUAUUAGCUGAGCAAACUGAGGAGGAAGUCAUUGCUAGGGUGGAGAAAGUAGCCAUUGAACAGACUGAAUCAAAAAAACCUGAGAAGAAGGAUCAGAUGAGCAAAUCUCAGAAGCGGAAAGCGUGGGAUCGGGCGGAGAUGGGUCGUGGUGGAGAGAAGCCCCGCGGGUGGGACUGGGUGGACAUCGUCAAGCACCUGUCCCAAGCGCCGCACCAGCCUUCAUGACACGGAUAGGAGUAGUGUUUCAAAUGUUACGUAUGCCUCGAUAUGGCUAGCCAAUUAUGGUUUUCCUAAAUAGUGCAAUU